AUGAUCUACACAACUAACAAUAUUCUCAUGCCACAUCGGCCGUCGCGUGGUGCCAUCAGCCGGGUCGCCUUACUUGCUGCAUACAGCAGGGCGGUGCCGAAGCUUAGUCCUGCGUGCACAGUUUCCGUUCACGAAUUCCAGUGUGAUCCAGCGGGUAUUCUGGCAAAGGCUUAUAUUGUGGAGUUACCAGGCGACGCACAACACAAGACUAAAUGUGAUCAGUAUGGUAGUUGUAUGUGGUUCGUACAAAAGGCUGCAAAACGUUAUGAAUUUGACCUUGGAGCUGCGUAG